GUCGCUAGGAGCUGUCCGCAGUGCUGAAACGACGGUGGUGCGCUGACUUGAAGAAAGAGAACGGCAUACCCAACGAUCUAUCUAUCUAUCGAUUUAGCGAACGUUGAAAUUGAAGUCUCUGUCUAUCAGCUGAUAACGACAUGAGAACAUAGCUCUCAGUGGAGCGCCAGUGCUGCGCAGUGUGCGAUCCCGAGGUCUCACAGCAAGUGGCUUUUGCUGUACGAGCAGUCUCUAUUUCAUUUUAAGGAAAAGUGUUGAUCCCAAGGACAUUCCUUUCUAUUAGCAGAGGACCAAUACUGAAAGCAAGCAUGAGUGCGGCACGAGAUUACAUAGUCGUUCUGAUGGUUCUUUUUGCAAUGAUGACUGACAUAGGCGCUAAAGGCUCCUAUUCUGAGGAUGGGACGUCCGUCACACAGAGGGGACAGUCUGAGAGUGGUGGCCCCAGCCUGUACCCCACCACACAUGACACAGACAGUGAGGUCCCCCUGGUGACAACCGCCCCGACCCUGAAUGUCCCCAACCACCACCCUCUCUACAAGGGCUUCCUCUUACAGGAGUCCCUCCAAGGACAGGGGCAUUUCUUUGAGGACAGUGGGGGUGUGGAGACCCACCCCGCUAUGCCACCCUCAGGUCCCCACUUUGCCAGGGACCCCUCCUCCACUCACACGGUGCCACACAAGGACGCGCUAGUUUUCUCCGAUGUUGCCUCAACCACUACCACUGUGGCAACAGCCACGUCACCGUUGGCAACAAAGGGCAGCAUUGCUCCAGAGGGGCGUGUCUCUGUGAAUCAGAGAGUAGCGUUGACCAAUGGCAGGGGAGGGAGGACAGAGGAGGAAGCUGAUGCCAUGGAUACCCUGACCACUCCUGUCAUGCACACCUCCGCUCCCUCACCCCACUCAAACACCCCCAACCUGGCUGCUCCUAUGGGUGAUAGGUACUCUGAGGUCCCCACUGCAUCCACCAUGACUCCCCCAGCCUUGACCACUUUGGUGGAGAAGGUUGCAGGGAAGUCAGAAGAACACAACAUGGGCCACGCCAGUGAUGGGAUAGAGAUUGGGACAUCGGUAGUAUCUGGUGUUGUGGAUGAGGAGACCACUUCGACCACUAUAACCACAACCACCAUCAUCACCACCAUGCACUACCCAGCUCCCUGCAUCUUCAACUUGACAUCACCAGAGGGCUACAUAGAGACGCCCCAGCCGUCCAGCUCUCAUUCCUACUCCUCUGUGGACUGCACCUACACCGUCACGGUCUACACGGGCUAUGGAGUAGAGAUACAGGUGAUGAACGUGAGCCUGUGGGAGGGGGAGCGGGUGACGUUUGAGGACCUGGGGGGCGGGGAGCCCUCUGUUCUGGCCAACGAGUCUAUCCUGUUGAAGGGCCUGGUGGUACGCAGCUGGAGCAACCACAUCACCAUCCAAUUCCACAGCCAGAGACAGACCCAGCCUGGGUCCUUCCUGCUCAGAUACCAAGCCUUUGUGUUGAGCUGUACCUUUCCCCAGCGGCCGGUCUGUGGGGAUGUGUCUGUGAGCAGCCUCCACUCUGGUGGAGAGGCCUACUUUUACUGUCUGACUGGGUACCAGCUGCAGGGAACCAACACACUGACCUGCCUCAACGCCAGCACCCCCUACUGGAGCGGCACAGAGCCGCAGUGCCACGCUGCCUGUGGUGGCAUUGUCCGGAAUGCCACGGUCAGCCGCAUUGUUUCGCCCGGUUUCCCUGGCAACUACAGCAACAACCUGACGUGCCAUUGGCUUCUGGAGGCCCCAGAGGGACAACGAGUGCAUGUCCACUUUGAGAAGGUGGCCCUGGCAGAGGACGAUGACAGGCUUCUGAUCAAAAAUGGGAACAACAUUGAUUCUCCUCCGCUGUAUGACUCAUAUGAGGUGGAGUACCUGCCCAACGAGGGCCUGGUGAGCACCUCCAGAUCCCUCUUCAUAGAGCUCACCACUGACGGUGCAGGCACCUCCACCGGCAUCGCCAUCAGAUACCAAGCGUUUGCAGUGGGCCACUGCUAUGAGACGUUUGUCAAGUACGGUAACUUCACCAGUAAUGACAGCACGUGGGCAGUGGGGACGGUGGUAGAGUUCACCUGCGACCCUGGCUACACCCUGGAGCAGGGCUCUGUCAUCAUUGAGUGCAUGGACCACAACAACCCCCAGUGGAACGAGACUGAGCCCGCCUGCAGAGCUGUUUGCAGUGGAGAGAUGACUGACUCUGCUGGAGUGGUCCUGUCUCCUAACUGGCCGGAGGCCUACGAUAGCGGCCAGGACUGCAUCUGGGGGAUUCACGUGGAGGAGGACAGGAGGAUCAUGCUAGACAUCCAAGUCCUCAAUAUAGGGAAGAACGACCUGCUGACAUUCUAUGAUGGUGAUGACCUGACUGCUACAGUGCUGGGCCAGUACGGUGGCUCACGGCCACACUUCAAAAUCUACACCUCCAUGGCCGACGUCACCAUCCAAUUCCAGUCUGACCCGGCAACCAACAUCUACGGCUAUGGCAACGGCUUUGUGGUGCACUUCUUUGAGGUACCUCGUAACGACACGUGUCCGGAGCUCCCAGAGAUCACCAACGGAUGGAAGAGCACCUCCCACCCUGAGCUGGUCCAUGGCACAGUGGUCACCUACCAGUGCUACCCAGGUUUCCAGCUGGUGGGCACAGAGCUGCUCAUGUGCCAGUGGGACCUGACCUGGAGCGGAGACCUGCCCAGCUGUGAGAGAGUGCUGUUGUGUGCCGACCCAGGUACUGUGGAGCACAGUCGAAGGGUGAUGUCCGGCCCGCGUUUCACUGUAGGCUCCACAGUCCAGUACAUCUGUAACAAGGGCUACACCCUCUCUGGAAACAGCCUGCUCUCCUGCUACAACCACGGCUCCUCCGGACCUAAGUGGAGUGAGAGGCUACCCAAAUGUGUUUCAGUGAACUAUGAGGCUUGCAGGAACCCUGGCACCCCGUCAUACAGCACCCAGAUCUCAGAGAAGCCUCUCUAUCAGGCCGGGGAGACGCUGCGCUUCUCCUGCCUCAGAGGCCAUGAGUUGCUAGGGGAGCCUGUCCUCCGCUGUGUCCCUGGACACCCUUCACAGUGGAGCAGCCUGCCCCCUGUCUGUAGAGCCUCCUCAAUGGAGUUUAUAAAUGAACGCAGGUUAGACAUUGCCAGUGCCGACUACAGCAUGGAGGGAGCCAACAUAGCUCUAACAGUCUUUAUACCAGUGGCCCUCAUCGUGGUCUUCAUCAUCGGAAUCUACCUUUACUUCUCUAAGGUUCAGGGGAAGCCUAUGUGUCUUCCCAUGUCCACCUCCUUACCAUAUGACCACAUUCCAGGAGAGUCCACCUUCGACAACUCCCUCUACGAAACAGAGACUACAAACAACGAGGACACAAGAGAGUAUGAGGUUUCCAUCUAGAGGCCGGACUAUGUGUUUCAGCAUUGACAGGUCUGGUCUCAAGCCGGUUUGCCUAGUGGAAUUUUGUCUACACUCCACUGUCUGAUAACACACACCGCUCUUUACUUGCCUCCACCUUUUCCUCUGUCUGCUGAACAUAUCUCUGCCCAGCCCACAGUGGAAAUUGGCCAUCACUGCAAAGACUUGAAAACAUGAUUAUUUUUGUAGAGCUUCAACAGCAAUGGCCUAACAGCAGUGUUUGUACAGUUUGUAUCCUGAUAUGAUCAAACCCUAAAGACGUCAGUCCAAUGUGGAACCUCACAAAUGGGAAAUGCUGUAUCUAGUCCGAAAAAUGUAUGUAGUCCGAAAAAUACAAUGUGUAAAUACAACAGGAUAUGUUUUUCACACAGCUUGUAGGGCAUUUUUAUUUUGAGAGAAGGCAAAUCACAAUAGAGCUAGAUUAUUCAAGUGAUGAUUGGAGGGAUAUCAUAAUAACUUGAUGGACUCUUAAAGCUUUCAAAUACACUGGACAAUUGAAACACAUUUUCAUUUUUUUGUACAGUAUCUCCAAAUUGCAAAGAUGACCCUCUCAAAAACAUGUAAACACACCUCUUUUUUUAGUGCAACCUCAUAUGAUUAAAAACAUCAGAAUGUGCCUUAAAUUAAAGGCCCUUUUUAAGCUAUGUUCAUAACAUGUAUAUUUCUGAUACGUCAUUGGUUCAGUUUAGAUUAUUACAUUGUUGAUUUCAUAUGGAUCAUAAAAUAGAGAUAUAGUAAUGCAAAGAAAAAGUUUCUUCUCAUUCACGUUUUUGUUCACAGUUGUAUGUAUGUCUUCAAAAUGCUGAUUAAAAGGUAUUCAUUAAUGAUAUUGGAUUGGCAAACAUCUGAAAAGUCCGUGGCAAAGUGUAUGUAAGUUCUAGUGCCAUUUGUUUUGUGAUGAAAACCAGGGAAGGUUAAAGCUUAAGAAGUCAGUUUUGUGGAUUGGGGAAUUCUCAAAAACUGAUGCAAUGUAUUUGCCAAAAAUAAUAUAGCUGAUUCUGUAGGAGAAUGCAUCACCAUUCAAACUCAAUUUUUUUUUAUCAUUGUCACAUUUUAAUAUUUAUUCAUACAAACAGGUAUGAUGACAAUAUUAUAAUUCUAUAAUCUAGUUUUGAUGCUUUGUAUAUAUACUGAUUAAUCAACUUCAUGAACAAAACACAUCCUCAAUAAAGUUACUAUUCAGAA